AUGGGAGAAUAUGCAACUAGAAGUGACAUUGUAACUACCAGUGUCCCAGAAGGAUCUCGCCGGAGGAGCCAGAGAAGCCGCCGGAGGAGAAAAAAGAAGACGAAGAAGCAGCUGGAGGAGAAGGAAGAAGACAAAGAAGCCGUCGGGGCAGAAAGGAGAAGACGAAGAAGCCGUCGGAGUAGAAAGAAGAAGACAAAGAAGCCGCCAGAGGAGAAAGAAGAAGACAAAGAAGCCGCUGGAGGAGAAAGAAGAAGACAAAGAAGCCACCAGAGGAGAAAGAAGAAGACAAAGAAGCCGCUGGAGGAGAAAGAAGAAGACAAAGAAGCCGCCGGAGGAGAAAGAAGAAGACAAAGAAGCCACCGGAGGAGAAUGAAGAAGACAAAGAAGCCGCUGGAGGAGAGAGAAGAAGACAAAGAAGCCGCCGGAGGAGAGAGAAGAAGACAAAGAAGCCACCGGAGGAGAAAGAAGAAGAUAAAGAAGCCACCGGAGGAGAAAGAAGAAGACAAAGAAGCCGCUUAG